UUCUCUUUCCCUCCUGCUUUUCCUCUCGGCCAUGGUUGGGGACCACUGCAACCUCAGUGGCGAAAGGCCAGUCCUUUCCCAACCCCCCAAAACUGGAUUAAGCUGCAAAAUGGUCCUACAGGCGGUGGGCAAAGUAUUAAGGAAAUCUAAGGGAAAACCAAAUGGUAAAAAGCCGGCACCAGAAGAAAAGAAACUCUACCUAGAGCCAGAAUACACGAAGUCCAGGAUUACUGACUUCGAAUUCAAAGAGUUAGUUAUGUUACCACGUGAAAUAGACCUUAAUGAGUGGCUAGCCAGCAACACGACAACCUUUUUCCACCACAUCAAUUUACAGUAUAGUACAAUCUCUGAAUUUUGUACAGGAGAGUCAUGUCAGACCAUGGCGGUGUGCAAUACACAAUACUACUGGUAUGAUGAGCGGGGAAAGAAGAUAAAGUGCACCGCCCCUCAGUAUGUGGAUUUUGUCAUGAGUUCGGUGCAGAAGCUAGUGACAGAUGAAGAUGUCUUUCCUACAAAAUAUGGCAAAGAAUUUCCCAACUCCUUUGAGUCCCUAGUGAAGAAGAUCUGCAAAUACCUGUUCCAUGUGCUGGCCCACAUCUAUUCCUCACACUUCAAGGAAACGUUGGCACUGGAGCUACAUGGACACUUGAACACACUCUACACACACUUCAUCCUAUUCAUCAGGGAGUUCAACCUGGUGGACCCUAAAGAAACCACCAUCAUGGAUGAUCUCACAGAGGUCCUCUGCACCAGCAGUGGAAGCAGCAGCAACGGGAGCGGCAACGGCAGCAGCGGCAACGGCAGCAGUAGUGGCAGCAGCGCAGGAGCACAGAACCACGUGAAGGAGAGAUGAGUCUUCCCAUCAGGAGCAAAACUAAUGCUAACAUUUUUUAAAAAAAACAAAGAAUACUCUAUAUUCUCUGUGUGUAUGUGUAUGUAUAUGUGCAUAUGUAUAUAUAUACAGACAUACACAGCCAUGACAGUUUAAGCAAUUAUGCUGCCACCACAGGACAUGUAGACUUAUGGGACUGUAUGGAGCUUUUGUUAAAUGCAUCAUCCUUGGCGAGAAGUUGCACCAGUUCUAUUUUAUUGUCUCCUGCUCCCCAUUUUCUUUCUCUUCCCUGAGAGAUGGAUGAUGAGUGCUGUUUUUAGAGAAGAACCACAUUUUUGAGUUGGGCCACUGCUUUGGGUUUUUUUGUCUGCCCACUCU